GCAUCAAGAUCCACGUGCUCUGCUUCAAGGACCGUCGAAAGGAAGCCAACCAGGUAGCGAAGGAUGAACUUUCCAGAAUUCGCUCGCAGAAGGACCGACAAGGGGAGAGCAAGAUGCUGCUUUCCUUGGCGGAGAUCAACACCGAACGCCGGGGCUACAAGAACCGCCAGGAAGCGCGGCUCUGGGCCAACGAGGCCUUGGAGCUCUUCCGAAAGAACGGCGACAAGAA